AUGUACGCGGAGGAGCCCGAGCUGCUGGUGGAGGCCAGCCGGCGAGGUCGGGCAGAUACGGAAAUCAAACACGCCCAGAAGCUGGCUGACUCUUUUGUUGUCAUAGGGAAGGGUCAUAAAAAGAUGAUCUGCCUCUGUAAUUCUGGUGAUAGGAACCUGAAGAACUAUUCAAGUACGCCAAUCAUUUUGAAGAAGAAGAGCACCGGAAGUUCUGCUCUUGAAGAAAGCACGAUAGGAGCAUGUCAGCAGUUGGGCAGCUCAUCAGAUGAUUUGUCAGAGGAUGAACCAAAUAUCAACCCAGAUAUAGAUGGCUCAUAUGUGUUUAAUGAGCAUCUAGACAGUUUCGGAAGGGAGAUUCAGGAGCUUCUUGUUUGCUACUCCUGCCCUGUUCCGCUUGGUAAUUUCGAGAGUUUAUAUGAGCUGGUGAAAGAUGUGCGCCCUGUUCUGGUCUGGAGGAUCAUUGACUAUGAGAGCUUCGGAGUCACUGGUCUGGAGGAGCUAGUUGAGAAGAACAAAAUAUCAGGAGGAUGGGCGCAUCCUGAUCCAAAACACCGCGACCCACCAACCCCGCGCGCUACCAGAGACGGAGAAGGAGAAGACUACGGGCUACCGGAGAUGCAGAAGGAGAAGAACACCGCGACCCACCAGUCGCCCGACCGUGACCGGAGCGAAGAGGAAGACGCGGCGGCGGCUACCGGAGACAGACAAGAAGACGCGGCGGCGGCUAGGGUUUCGAGUGAUGUGCACGAGCCCCUCUAG